AUGGGCGCCUCUGGAAUGGGAGUCGAUGCCAACGGAAAGCCGAUCAAAAGACAGGCGCCGGCCACGAAUAUUAACAAAAAGCCGGGAAACAACCAGAACCAAAAGAAAGGAAAUAAUAAUGUGAGUUUUGAGGCAUCAGUUCUCCGAUAAUCUCGAUUGUUUUUUCGUUUCAGAGCAAGAACAACCGUAACCAGCAUCGCGGCGGCGGAAAUCAGAACCAGCACCGUCCGCAGGGCCAUCAGCAGAAGCAGCAGAUGGUGCCGCCCCCGCUCAUUCCGCCGUUCGCGCCGAUUGGCCCCGGAGCAUUCAUGGGCGGACCGCCGGGAACCAACUUCAACUUUUUCAACGGUCGUCGUAGCGGCGGUGGAAAGGUAUACAAAGUCAGCGAUUGGCUAACAGUCCUUCCGAAUCGACACGAUUUUUCCUCAUUUUCAAAGAGUAUUACCUUACUUACACGCGAACCACCCAUGCGAGCCAGAUCAUUGAAAAUUCCAAAAUGUUUUCUGGUCAGCUCCACUUUGUUGGUUUUCGAAAGUUCACUUUUCCUGCGGUUUCUGGAUGCCGCUGUCGAAUGUCGUAUCAGUUGAGCUUUCUACAAAAGCACAAAAGUCACUUUUCUCUCCAGUUUUAGCCCUUCCCACGUGUCGGACACAUGACUGGCUCGCCGCGUGGAUUUAUGCGUUGUAAAAUCUCGAACGUUCUUUUAUACCAUUCUUCAGGCAUUUUUCGUUAUUUGCUUUUGAAGAGCAACGUCAUUGGCGAUACCUAUCCGAAAGGCUUGUGAGGAAAUGACUCUUUCCGAUUGUUGUGUGAUCGAGAAGACAUUUAUUUUCUGACUUUUUCAUUGGCACAACGUCUUCUCGAUCACAUGUACAACACAAAGCGCAAAAGAACCGAAGUCGUUGGGAAUUACAGAUACAAAACCAAUUUUAAACAAUUUGAAAGUUCAGUUUUCUGAUUAAUCCAUUUGGAACGGUACGGGAUUCCGAGCAUUUUCGGCCGUUUACGGUUUCUCGAUUGUUGUACGGAUUUUGCGCUGUUCCUCAUUGUCUUACAGAUGAUUUAUCACUUUCCAGUAUCGGUUUAUAUCGGAAAUGCUAUUUCGAGAUGUCUUUUUCCCCAUUAAUCUUGUCAAAGCCCUGAAAAACGCAGGCAUAUUGCAAAACAUGUUUUUUUUUCUCAAAAUUGUAAUAGUCAGUCAUUUGUGACUGCGUUAGUGUCUUCUUUGUCGAAGGCAUCGCUACGAUCCUUCUCCUGAAAAGGACUUCUUCCCACCCAUCGCGUGUGCGUGUCUAAAGAAACAAGAAAGAAGUUUGCAGAACAACGGCAAUAGAAACGGAGCGCCGCAGCAAGGUCUAGUUCUGUUUUCCAACGAAACGAGUGCGUUCGUCGCCUCGCUUUUAUCCUUUUUUGAGUUCAAAUACUGUUUUAAAACACGAGUUUUGUAUCGAAAUUCUCACGAAUGUUGGUUGAAAGGGACACUCGCGGCUUGGCCUAAUGCUCCGACUCCAUAAAAUGGCUGUCAAAUGACCCUCUUGACCCCACGGACCGUUUUCUUUUUCGUCUGUCGGCCCUUGUGAGGUGUCCCUGAAACAACUUCCAAUACUUGUUUUGUCUGAAAAUUUCCGGAACAAAAUGUUUUCUAGAUCAACUAGGUUUAGCCCACCUUCCUGCCGGUCCCCCUCGUACGUGUUCUUCAACAUUUUCUCUUCAGGAUACAAUGGACCGUCGGCGCACAAUGUGGGACAAGGAUCCAUCGGAAAUAGCCUGAAUGUAAGUGUUGGGACUGAUUCAGAACUUUGAAAACAAAGAAAUUCAGAUGCACGGACCCGGAAUACCCGACCAGUCGGCGAUGGAAGUGCCCGGAUUCGGCAAGAACAGCAACAUUCACGAGCUGUUUGGCAAGAUGAUAUGGAGAAAAAUGGAGCAGAUUCAGGACCCGGCGGUGGUCGAUCAACUCCAGAACCGCAUCAUGAACCUCAUCCACGAUGUGCUCGCUGGACAGAACGAGCAGCAACAGGCUCAGCAACGUGAGUAGCGAAUAUUUGAGGCGUCUUCUAAGUCUAUUUUGCAGAAGGAUUCAAUCAGCAGCGAGGAAUGCCGUUCGGAGCGCCGACCAACCAGAAGGGACCCGCGUUCGCCAACAACACCGCCGGAUUCCAACGAUUCUGA